CCUCGGAGAAACUUGGCAAGUUACAAACACUCAGUGAUGAUACGGUAGCGUAAAGUUAUAGUUAAAUGAUACUAAAAUGUAUAAACAUUGUAGUCAUGUGGUGCCAAAGUUGUUGUGCUUAGGUUAUAUCCUGUUGUUUUUUUGUGGGUCAUCAUCUGGUCUGGUACUGCGAGCGUAUAUCUCCCAACAUGGCCUCCACGGCGAAAUAGAAUUCUCACACAAGAACGAGACUCUAAUCAGUAUUAGAACCAACCUCAAACCAACACUUCAGUACCCUGACGGUGUCUGGAGGUGGACCAUCCACGAAUUUCCAGUGGACUACCGAGAUUUAACCGGGGAAAGAUGUUCCGAGGCGAAUCUAGGGAGAGAACUGAUAGACUUGACGGAAGAACUGGGAUAUCUUAUCAUCCCAGGCAAAGACCACGCUGAAUUCGAAAGCAGAAACAGUCUGACUGGUAUUAGUGGACUGUGGGGAAAGAGUAUUGUUUUAGAAACUGCAGAGAGAGACCGAGUUAUAUGCGCAUCUAUACUUUCCACUGAUAAGUUGUAUGAGAAGCAUGCCGUCGCCAGGUUUGCGUCCCCAGUCGCGGGGACUUUGCAUUUCCGAUGGCUUUCUGCGCGUGAAUUCGACGAGUCUGAUUCAUACGUUCAGGCCGACUUAUACCAUACAAAGGCUGUGACAGACAAAAUGGACUACACAGAGCACAAAUGGAAGUUGUUUGUGACAGAUAUUUUCGAUUCUGAUAAAGGGAAUCAUGAAGAUAAUUGCAAUGUUCUUCAGUUAGUUUUUGAUCCAGAGAACAGCGGUGACGGGAUGAGUGUUGGAGAUCUUGACAGUCGGUUGGGUCUGGUCAAAGUGGCAACUGACGCCAAGAAGAAGAAGCUGAAGUAUUUGUAUAAGGAUGAGGUGCUGAACAUCUUGAGAAGUGACAUGGAGGUGACCAAGAGGAGUCUGUAUGUGGUAAUCUUCGACAACAGACACUCGGACAGUUUCUUGGCGUGCGCAAAACUGAGGGUGAUGGAACCAAAGAGCACAAAGGCACUUAUCAACAUGGACGGCAUCCGCGGCACGGUAGAGUUCAGCCAGCGCUCGCCCUUCGACCCCACCUGGGUGAACUUCCAGCUCGGCGCCGCGGACCAGGACUACGAGUCCAACCUGCGCUUCGUCAGCUCCAUGAUGCAGUACAGCAUCAAGGAGCUACCACCGAGGCUACUGGAUGCUAGCCAGGCCAACCACUUGUGCAACACUACCGGGGGAAUUUAUAAUCCUCUGGGACUCGAUCUGAACUCCUUGCCACCGCCAGGCAUGGGCACCCAAGACCAGUACCCAGUAGGAGACCUGCUGGGCAAGUACAAGGACCGCACGGAGUACCUGAACCACAAGUACCUGCUCCCCGGGCUGGCCAGCGAGCUCAGCGGCGCCUACUGGGACGCCUUCCUGCCGCUGCAGGGCGUGCACAGCGUGAUGCACCGCUCGCUGGUGCUGGACAGGCGUCCUCCCAAGCGUGAGAUCUGCGGCACCAUCCUGCCCUACGAGUACGGCACGGAGUUCCAGACGCCGAUGAGCUCGGCGCAGGUGGUGUUUCGCUACCCCAUCGUGGGCCGCGUCGUGUUCCGCCAGCCGCUGGGCCGGCCAUGGGAGGACACCACCAUCAUCAUCGAGAGCAUGAUCCACGCCGACGGCGCGAAUGUAAACAACACGCAUGAGCACCGCUGGGCGGUGCACGAGCGGCCUCCUGGAGCUGAUUACUACAAUUGGACGGGCCGCUGCCUCAGCGCUGGUGGUGUUUACGAGCCCCAUGGUGUGGCCGUGGACGCUCGCCAUCCUGAGGACUACUGUCGGCCAGGACUGGAGGGGCUGUGCAAGAUCGGGGACUUUACCACCAGACACGGCAUGCUCUCAGUAGCCGGCAAGAAGGCGGAGAGCGCGCGGCUGACGCGGCGUCUGUUCACGGACACGGCGGCGGCGCUGGCCGGCAAGUACUCCAUCAUGAGGAAGUCGCUCGUCAUCUACGACGACCACGGCCCCGUGGCUAGGGGCGAGAGGAUGGCUUGUUCCAUAAUAAAUGGCCUCCACCGUCGUAAAGCUGUAGUUCGCGACUGGUUUGGCAACGGCGAGCAGGUCAACCUCAAGGGCAAGCUGGAGCUGAUCCAGCAGUCCGAGUAUGACGUCACUAAUGUCGAGGUCACGCUGGAGGGCCUGGACGGGAUCAAGAACUAUAAGAUUCAUGUGGCCCCUGUGGAGAAAGAACUAGAGUUCCCAUGUGAAAAGACGACCUUGUAUGACACUUAUAACCCAUUCAAUGUGGACAAAAACUUUAGUCCUCCGCCGGCAAAAGGUACCGCUGAUCAGUACGAGCUGGGAGACCUUGGAGACAAGUACGGUCUUAUAGACGACAUGAGAAGCCUCACCACGUACUAUAACGAGACGCAGAUGUCUUUGUUUGGGCCCUACAGCAUCAUAGGACGAUCUGUCGUGCUACACAAAAAGAGCAAAGACCGUCGCUGGGCAUGUUCCAGCAUAGAGCGUGGAUAUUCCCCGUCAGAGGCGCGCGAGAUCCGCGGCAUCGCGUCCUUCCACCAUCCCGGCGGGUUCGCCUACGGCUACGUGAGGAUGACGCAGCUCAUACACAAUGAUGGUAGCACCAGCGAUACAGUCAUCGAGGUCAAGCUGAGGCAUCCUGGAGUGCGGGAUAGGAAUCUUACUCACAACCACCCGUGGAACAUCUUCGUGAACCCGGUGGGCGUGGACGCGGCCGUGCAGGUCACCAACACGCGCUGUGUGGCCGGCGGCUACCGCUGGAACCCCUACUUCACGCAGCUGGCAGACCCUCUCAAUCAUGACUUGUACAAUCAAGAAUGUGGUGCCGACAAUCCACUGAGGUGUGACGUUGGAGAUCUAACUGCAAGAUUGGGAACCAUAACGAUCGGCGGUCCUCGCGAGGUGUUCGUGGACAGCAACUUCCCCCUGGAAGGCACGGUGUCAGCCAUGGGCCGCUCGCUGGUGAUCUUCGGGCCGGAGCGGAGCGGCGAGCGGUUCGCGUGCGCAAACAUAGAGCCUGAUAAGGACAUCAUCAAGGCGUUUAAUAUCAUGAAGCCGCCCAGAUUUGUGCUGGGCGGGUUCCUGGAGGAGGUUCGUAAAGUCAUGGGCAUCCCGGAGUGGAUGCUGGGUGUGGAUUCGCGUCGCACGCGCCUGCUGCACGCCGGAUCAUGCAUACAGGUGCUGCUGCACUUCACCGGGCCCCGGGCCAACGAGCUGGAGCUCGACUUCACCAGGCUACUGGCAUCAGGUCGCCUGGACUCGCCCAGCAUCUUCAUCCCGGGCUACGUGAACACCAAGCGCAAGAAGACCAUCUCCUACCGCCAGUGCGGCGUCACCGACCCCAACGAGAAGAAACGUGGCAAUUACUUCUGGACUCCAUCUUCUGCGACCAGAGCUGGACUGGCUACAUCUCUAUGCCUACUAAUAUUUUUCUUUAGAGCACUUCUAGAGUAAUAUGCUAAAACAAUUAACCAACCUCGUACUCUCAAACGUCGUAAUUCAAUGUAUGAAAAGGAAUUGAUUUCCUUCCUACCUCCCGCAUAACCUAUUGUAAUUUUUUAACAAAAGUGCGAGGAUUGAGUUGAUUUUUAGACGCAGUUAUGUAUUAAAACCACACUAAUGAAAGACUACGAGUAUUUAUACCAAUUUUAGAAAAUAUUGUAAAAUCAAAACACUAGAUAAUCUAAUGGAAACAAACAUUCCAAGUGCAUUUUAACUACCAACCGAUCUCAAUCUUUGAUGGGUAAACGUUUUGGAAUCAUUGUAAUUAUGUAAAUAAAGAUAGUAUGGAUUUUGUGCCUGUGUAAUAAACCGUUGUACGAUAAUAUUUAAUUUAUUGUAAAUAAAGUAUUAUUUGUUACAAA